UUUUGUGGUAUUAUAGUUAUGCCGGGAUGUUUUUGAGGUUGCGCAGAUUACCACCGUAAAUUUUAGGCAGCAUGAAGAAAGAGCAAGUUGUAAACUGUCAGUUUUCUGUUUGGUAUCAUUUAUUCAAGAAACACACCAUCAAGAGCUUGAUUCUACCUAUACCUCAAAAUGUAAUCGAUUAUUUAUUAGAUGACGGGACACUUGUGGUUUCUGGCAGUGAGAAUAACGAUUCACAAACACAGAUCAAUAACAGUGACUCGGAUGAGGAGGACGUUCAGUGGACUGAUGAUGAAACUACAACAGCCGUCACGGCCCCAGAGUUCCCAGAGUUCAACAUAAAUGUGCAAGAGGCAAUAAACAUUCUAGGUGGGUGCGUCUUCCCAAAACUGAACUGGAGCGCCCCUAGGGAUGCUAACUGGAUUGCCCUGAACAGUUCUUUACAGUGUCAGAGUCUAAGCGACAUCUUCCUCCUUUUCAAAAGUUCAGAUUUUAUAACGCAUGACCUCACACAGCCAUUCCUUCACUGUAGUGAUGAUUCUCCAGAUCCAGCCAUAAACUAUGAGUUGGUGUUGAGAAAAUGGAGUGAGCUUAUUCCAGGAGCGGAAUUCCGCUGCUUUGUGAAAGAAAACAAAGUAAUCGCGAUCAGUCAGCGAGAUUACACACAACAUUACCAGCACAUCGCCAAACAAGAGGCCAGCAUCUCCUCUUCUAUACUGGAAUUUUUUAGAGAUCACAUCCAAUACCGGUUCCCAGACGAGGACUUCGUUUUGGACGUUUACAGAGAUAGCUCAAGACGUAUGUGGUUGAUUGACUUCAACCCGUUUGGUGAAGUCACAGACUCUUUGCUCUUCACGUGGGAGGAGCUAACAUCUGGGAAAAAUCUCACAAGUCAAACGCAAGAAAACACAACACUGCAGGACGGAUCUGCGUUCCGUUACACCACCAGUGAAGUCACAGUGCAGCCCAGCCCAUGUCUGUCCUACAGAAUCCCACAAGACUUCCUGGAUCUGACCACAGGGGAAGAUGCCCAUAAGCUCAUUGAUUUUCUUAAGCUGAAAAAGGGUCAGCAGGAAGAGGAGGAGUCUGAUGAAGAAGGGGAUGAACCUUAGUCAGUCUUGCUUGAAUAGACCUGCCUGUAUUUUUCAAGUGAAUUGGAAGAUUUUCAUUGGCUACUUCAGUGUUAAAAUUAGAUUGAAGUACCAAACAUUGUAGAAAGUUCUCCUUGCUGUGUGCAAUGGGAUGUUUGCUUGCCAAUAAAGCCCGUCAAAUGCUCAGCUAAUACACAAGC